AUGAGCUUCCUGGCUGUCCUCGAGCAGUGCCACAACCACCCCACCCUCGGCGGAGAACACCCAGCAGGCGAGACCCUCGUCCCCCUCUACCUCCACCUGCCCGACAACCUCGCCGGACUCAGCCUGCGCAGACUGCCGCCACCGCCGCCCAUCAAGCGACUCACCACCCGCAGAACAUCCUCCUCAUCCUCAGCAGCAGCAGCAGCAGCAGCAGGAUCGCAGAAGUUCAAGCCGCUCUCCAGCUACCUCACCCGCUCCAACUCAUCCGACCAACUCGACAACAAUCCGUUCUUCAACGAACAGGCCUACCAGCCCCCAUGGGACCAGGCCGCCCAGGACAGGGACGCCCGCCAGCCGAUCGGCUUCCUCAGACCAGCCGUCCUCAAGGCCCUCAUCCAAGACAACCAACACAUGAACCGGAUCCACAGCCAAGCAUGCUGGAAACUAUUCUACCCGCCCGAUCAGGGGCAGGAGACCGGCGCCAGCUUGCCCGCGCGGGUCAGCUUCGAGGACUGGAUCAACCAGGCCGAGGAUCGCAUCGAGACCCGCCAGGAACACCUCGAUCGGCUCGUCAGAGGCUGGAAGGAGAUCGGCCUGUUUGCCGACCAGCUAUCCGGCUGGAGGAACGAAGUCUACUCGGUCUAUGGUCCAAAGGACGACUCCCUCCAACUGCCCGGCGCCAAUCUGGCAUUCAGGAUCGAGCGUGCCGCCGUCGGAUUGUUCGGCUUCCUCAGCUUUGGCGUUCAUCUAACGGCCUAUAUCAAAAAAGAUGGCCAGUACUUGUUCUGGAUCCCCAGGAGAUCAGCGACUAAAGCCACAUGGCCAUCGAAAUUAGAUAAUACGGUCGCCGGAGGGAUCACCAGUGGCGAGAGUGGACUGGACACGAUCAUCCGGGAAUGCUUCGAGGAAGCCAGUCUGGACGAGGAGACCGUCCGGUCGCGGAUCCGGCCGACGGGGCUGAUCAGCUACACCCAUCGCAGCCCCGAGGGAUGGAUCCAACCUGAGAUCCAGUACACCUACGAUCUCGAGCUGCCGGCCGAGAACACGAUCGUGCCCAAGCCGAACGACGGCGAGAGCGAGGCGUUCAGGCUGAUGACCUUCGACGAGCUUGCUGAGGCCCUCCGCGCGGACUCCUUCAAGCCCAACUCCGCCGCCGUCCUCGUCGACUUCUUCGUCCGCCACGGGCUCCUCUCCGAGACCAACGAGCCAAACUAUGUAGCCCUCUCCACCCUCGUCAAGCAGCCCGUCUUCUUGCCCCUCCCCUGA